CAGUGAGGUUGAGUGUGAGCACUAACAGUGAGGUUGAGUGUGAGCACUAACAGUGAGGUUGAGUGUGAGCACUAACAGUGAGGUUGAGUGUGAGCGCCAACAGAUGGCGCUCACUACCAGUGCUCUGGCAGCUACACUACACAAUAUGGACAUUGUUAUGGUGCUGUGACGACCUAUUUUGUGGACAUUUUCCGCUGUGGUAGUUCAGCCAGUCCUUUCACGUUUUGAAUAUGUCUGCAUUAGAGUGUUCACCACCCACUCACAAAUGUGUGUUCUGUAACCAGCAGUUCUUCACAAAACUUGAUCUUCAGAACCACUUUAGGCGCCAUGCUAAUGGUGAAAUUGAUAUCAAAGGUCAACCAAAAGUUCAACAGAGUACAAAUGAAAAGCUGGAUGUCAGAGAUGACAACAAGAGUUUAGAGGCAACAGAUGAUAGAGGAUCGGGAAGUGCUACCAAUAGCAAAAAAGGACACACAGCUGUGUGUGAUGUUUGUGGGGAAAACUUUCACACUGUAUCACUUGCCAUAUCUCACAAGUUCCGCAAACAUCCAGAGUCUGUCAUCAAGCAUUACUGUCCUCACUGUGGCAUGAUGUUCCCUAUCAAGUUAAAUCGUGAUAAGCACUUGCUAACUCAUCCUGGCACAGCUCCAAAGCAGUUAUUUCCCUGCCUUACCUGUGGAGUGGCAUUUUACAACCAGAGAGCCAGAAAGUUCCACAUGACUUCUGCACAUAAAGGGGAAGUGGUGCAGUGCAACUUGUGCUCGGCUCUGUUUUACUCCAAGAGGGCCUAUGAGGCACACAAUCACCACCAUCGUGAGAGUGACAUGUUUGCCGCCAAUGAAGAGAUGAGGCAACAAGUAGUGCAUAGGAUAGAUCAAGACUUUGAUCAGCGUAGGGUUCCUUCAACUUUAGAACGUUAUCUCUCUGCUUCUGCCAUGAGAUUGAAUCGUUCUGCUACUUGGCGUAAUAUUCGAGCUGCGAGAAGGACUCAAGUUACAGAAAAGCCUCAUUUCCCAUCAGAAACAUUACUGUGUAAAGACAACAUACCACCCAAGAUGUCAUGUGCUGAAACUUCAUCAAAUAUGGAAAUAGGGAAUCAGGUAGAGGCUUCCUUGGAAGUUAAAUCUCCUUUGCUAUCAGCAAGUGGACUGGGUAUGGGUGACAGUGAAGAGAUACCUAAAGGGUUUGAUGAGAAACCAGAAAAGAGAACUAUAGAUAAAGGAGUUGAUACUUUCAUCCAAGAUGAGAAUAUGUGUUGGGAGUUAGAGGAGAGAGUUGGAGCUAAAAAGAGAAUAAUGAAUUAUCCUGAAGAGGAUGAUUGUGAUAUAAGUAGCUUAGGGACUGUGAAUCCAGACUCUGUCAUGUCUAACCCAAGAGUCAUAAUUGGAGAAGGUAGCACCAGUGAUACCAUUUUAGGAAAGUCUGAUGAACAGAUAAAAGAUAAAAAUUAUGUACAAAAUGAGAAUUCAGACAAGAAUGAGACAAAGAGAGGACAAGGAAGCCUUUGUACUGACUUUCAGCUAGAAGGCAAGGACAGUAAUGGAAGUGACACUGGAGAAUUAGUGGUAUGAAAUAUCAAUGUACUAGCAUAGAAAUUUUGAAAAUAAUGAUUGCAUUGAUGUAUAGUUAAACUGUAUAUAAUACAGCAUUUCCUCUUGUCUAUACAAGGAUUUCCCUGACAACAAUUCCUUUUCUUUGUAUAAGUUUGUCUGUAAAUUGAGCCUGAUUUUUGAACCUGCAGCCCUUGGGUGAGCAACACACUUUAAUAAGUGUAUAGAAGUGUAAUGGGUGGUUCAGUUUAGGCCCUGUUGUCUUGGUCGGCUAGUUUUGGUAAGUUGGUCUAGCAUUGCUCCUCUUCUGUCUGGUAGUGGGCUUUGUGCUAAUCUCAGGUUUUUGCUGCUUGGAUUUAUGGCAAAUACAUUUUUUUCUUUUUAGGUUCAGAAUGAUUUUUGUAAAAUUAUUGCAUGCACGAAUUUUCGCUUGCCUUAUUCGGCAAGAAGAGCGUUGCUGUUUUUUGGUAAUGAUCCACUUUGCUAUAUAGCAGGCUUCUGUGAACUGUGCAUUCAGAUAGUGAUGGACGGGUGACGUAAUGCUCAGCCUGACAACAAACUGUUGUAGGAUUGUGUAUUUAGUGAGGACCAAGUGAGGCAACAGAGGGUAGGUAUCUUUUGGAUCCUUUGGCUACCACCAAGCUGCCCACUCAUAUAUUCCUUACCAUUAACCCUGGGUUUAAUGUGUAUGGUGCCUUAUCUUGUUGGACACUGUGGUGAGUAGGGAUAUGUAUCGCAUAUUUGGUUGUCACUUUACGUGGAUGACUUCGCUAUAGCUUAUGCAGGCGCUGAAUGUCACCUGGUAGCGGCCUCCCUUCAAGAUGCAAUUGAUCAAGUUUCCAAUUGGGCUACUUCUCAUGAAUUUAACCCUUAAACGGUCCAAACGUAUAUAUGUUUGUGGUUAUAGGGGGGUGGGGGCAGGAGGAAAGAGGAGUGAUUGGUGGAAUGAUGAAGUAAAGGGUGUGAUAAAAGAGAAAAAGGUAGCUUAUGAGAGGUUUUUACAAAGCAGAAGUGUUAUAAGAAGAGCAGAGUAUAUGGAGAGUAAAAGAAAGGUAAAGAGAGUGGUGAGAAAGUGCAAAAGGAGAGCAGAUGAUAGAGUGGGAGAGGCACUGUCAAGAAAUUUUAAUGAAAAUAAGAAAAAAUUUUGGAGUGAGUUAAACAAGUUAAGAAAGCCUAGGGAAAAUAUGGAUUUGUCAGUUAAAAACAGAGUAGGGGAGUUAGUAGAUGGGGAGAUGGAGGUAUUGGGUAGAUGGCGAGAAUAUUUUGAGGAACUUUUAAAUGUUAAGGAAGAAACAGAGGCAGUAAUUUCAUGCACUGGUCAGGGAGGUAUACCAUCUUUUAGGAGUGAAGAAGAGCAGAAUGUAAGUGUGGGGGAGGUACGUGAGGCAUUACGUAAAAUGAAAGGGGGUAAAGCAGCUGGAACUGAUGGGAUCAUGACAGAAAUGUUAAAAGCAGGGGGGGAUAUAGUGUUGGAGUGGUUGGUACUUUUGUUUAAUAAAUGUAUGAAAGAGGGGAAGGUACCUAGGGAUUGGCGGAAGAGCAUGUAUAGUCCCUUUAUAUAAAGGGAAAGGGGACAAAAGAGACUGUAAAAUUA